UACUGGCAGAAAACCCCAUAAUGCUAUAACCUUUGACGACGUUACAAGAGUUAUACAUUUUAUAAGUAACUUUGCUGAUGAAAGAGGAAUACACCAGCCUGCCGCACCAAGGGGACGAGAUGAUAUUCCGCCAAUUUAUUUACCGUCCGAUACAACAAAGGUUCAGAUGCACAAGGAUUACUGUAUUACUUGUACUGAAGCCAUUCCACAAAUCAAGCACGUCUCGCUUUCUAUGUUCAAAACUCUCUGGUCCACGUGCACGCCUCACAUCAGAAUAGCAACACCAAGAGAUGACGUCUGCGCUACGUGCGAGCGAAUGAGAAAGAUGAUAUCAGACGCAGUGUCAGAGGAAGACAAGCUGGAGGCCUUAGCUAAUAUGCGACAACACAUUCUUUUAGCUCAAAGGGAGAGGGACACGUACAACACAUGUUUAAGAAGAAGUGCUGAGGAAGACGAAUACUUUCAUUUUACCUUUGAUUUUUGCCAAAACGUGAGUUUGCCACAUCACGCCAGACAAAUGGGACCGUUGUAUUUUCUAACAUUGCGAAAAGUACAGAUUUUUGGUUUCCGUAUAGACGGUAUCCCUAAGCAACUGAAUUUUUUGAUUGAUGAAAACGAGACAGUGGGAGAGGAUGGAUCCAAAACACAUGGCCCUGAUGCAGUUAUUUCCAUGGUUGAUUGGGCACUACAGGAACAUUGUGUCAGAGCGAGAAAGUUUUCAAUCCAUGCUGAUAAUUGUCCAGGGCAGAACAAAAAUAAGUAUGUGCUUGCUUAUUUUAUGUGGAGAGUAAUGACUGGUCAGAAUGAAGUGAUAGAAUACUUAAUGCAAAUUCCAGGACACGCCCGAUGUUUAGUAGAUUCCGGCUUCGCCCACAUCAAGCGAGUAUAUAGACGAACAGAUGUAGAGACCCUUGGACAGCUUGAAAAUGUUGUAAACAAAUCAUCAAAAACAAAUGUUGCUGUCCGUUUUCCACAAUGGGCAUGGAGAAAUUGGAAGUCAUUCUUAGAUGGAAAAUUUAAAGCAGUGAAAGGAAUAAGGAAAUAUCAGUACUUCCGGUUUACUGCAGACGAACCAGGUAUUGUUACCGUGCGGAUUUCAUCUGAUGAUCAAAGUGAGGAAAAGAUUUCUAUUUUAAAGAAUCAGUCCUCGCGUUUUGAAUUGGCUGUCAGACCAGAACCAAUACAACCAAGUGGGCUUAGUCAACGGCGGCAAACCUACCUGAACAACUCCGUACGGCCAUACGUCAGACCAGCGUAUAGAGACGAGUUUUGUGGUGUACACAUUUGAAGCAAAUGUUAAAAUAGAGAAAUAAAAAUUAUUGAUUGAUAAAACUUUAUUUUUUUUGUUUCAAGAAUCUUAUAUCCGUUUGAUGUUUUAACAGACAUCUCCAUUGAAUAAACAUUUCGAAAAAUGUUACAAACUCACGUACUCAGAAAAAAAUCUCUUUGGCCAUGAUAAUAAAAUCAUAUAAAAUGUACCACUACCAUACCAUUUACUUAUUCAUUAUUUCAAGUUAAUAUGGCCUAAUAUGUUUUUCCCUCGUCAAUAAAUAGUAUAAUCAUUUGAACACACCUGAUGCAAGAAAAGCGGGAAACGAUGACGUGAUAAAUGGGAAACAUUGACGUCAAUUUAGCGACGACAACAACAACGUCAAUAAGUUUCAACAUGACGUUGUGAAAUAAGUCAUAUUGAAAAAAAAUAAUAAUUUAUUUGCAUAUGAAUUAUAUCGCUGGAAAGCAUAUUUCAUGAGCUUUAAUUUGAUGUGAAAAUCUCAAAAUCGAUAAAAAUGUCAUUAAGACCCAAAAUCGCAUGACUGUGCCCAAA